UGACCUGUGUGAGGUUGUUGAAGCUGAGGUCCAGAUAAACAAGCUUGGCCACACCAAUGAAAGUGAAAUCCAGGUCAUCCCCCAAGAGAUUCUUCCUGCAGUCCAGAUACACCAAAUCAGCCAAGAAGCUCAAUUCCACUGCCGGCAGGUACGAGACGCUGUUUUCUGCCAGAAUCAGCUGCCUGGUGUCCAGUGGGAUGGCAGCAGGGAACUCCUGCAACUGUUGCCCCGUGCAGUUCACUUCUAGGUACUGACAGCUACACCUGCUCGGGCAGUUGGUCUUCUCCAAUGCCAUCCCCAUCCCCACAAGAAACAUGAGGCUCAAGACCAGUAGUCUAUCUGGAGGAGACAUGAUUUAAGACCUUCCAGGCUUCUUAGCCCUUUGGGGACUGGGAGCAGCCCUAUGCAAGCUGCGUUACUGUUACAGCCAUGCCGAGCAGAAGUCCGGCUGCAAGGAAGCGCUUUGUGUCCGUGACUCACCUGACUCCUUGGCAGAGUGCCCAUCUGGAAACUGAGCCCAGUGGCUACAUCAGCAAGUGUGGAAUGGUGGCUGGAGUAUCUCCAUGUCUCACUCCAUGCCAGAUGACACCUCUGAUGUCAACGGUUUGUAAUAGCUGCCCGGCUUUGAGGACAGUGCCGUGACCUUGCUGGCCGAACAGGAGCUGCUUUUGUGUCAGCGGAGGCGCAGGGAAGAUGUGCAUCAGCAUGAGGUUUUACACAUGAUUUACAUGAGGAUCCUGCAGAAGGUAUAUGGAAUCCGCCUGGAGCGUUUCUACAUGAUGCCAGUCAACGUUGACAUAAUGUAUCCACAGAUAUUUGAAGGCUUUCUACCUGUUUGUAACUUGUAUAUUCACAUGGAGCGCUUACUUCCAGUGUGUCGGGUCAAUGAUUUUCAAAUUGCUGAUGUUUUAAACCCAAAAACAAAGAGGACAGCUCGCUUCUUGAGUGGCAUUAUCAACUUUGUGAACUUCAGAGAACAUCGACGUGCAGUCUAUUUGGAGUUACAACUGAACUACACGUUGGCUAUGGAGAAACGCCAACAACUGGAGACCGCAAAUCAGGAGGCAGCAGCGAAGCUGGAGAAACUGAACACUGUUCCAGUUGAACAUCAGGCAGAGGUGAAGCAACUGACAGAGAGCAUUCGAGAACUGGAGCAAGUUCUAAGGCAAGACUAUCGUCGGAAACAAACAGCUUUGCAAGAGGUGAUUUCACAAAAGAAGUCAGAUAUUGCAGAGAGAACCCGAAAGCUGAAUGAGCUCAAAGUGUUAAUGGCUGCUUUGAAAGAAGAACAAGAGCAGCUGAAAUCAAAAAUUGUGGAGAGUCCAGAGGAACUGAAAAAUUACAAAGAACUAAUGAAAGAGAAUGUUAAGAAGCUCAAGAAAUCCAAGCGAGAAAUUAUUGAGAAAUAUGAAGCUUAUAGAGACCUAGUUGAAGUUCUCCCAUCGUGCCAACUGGAGGUGCAGUUAUAUCAAAAGAAGAUGGAAAGACAGAGAGCAAAUGUGGAGAGGCUGGCCAGUGUAUUAUCAGAGGUCAGAAAUCUGGAGGACCAGCUUGAGAGUGCUCAGAUAGAGCUGAAAAAGGGGAAGACAGAUGAGAUGUCCUUAAAGAGACUGGUCACUGCAAAACAGGAGAAGCUGUCUACAGCUGAAAUAAGGAUAAAAAAGAAGCGUGAGGAUGUUGAGCAAUAUAAGCAGGCUGUGUUUGAAUAUUGUAACAGAGUUCAGGAGAAAAGGGGUGCUGUAUAUGAUAAAGUGACAGCGAUUCACAAGGAAAUCCAGCAGACAAGGUUCAAAAUUCAGCAGCUGAAAGAGAAUGCUGAAAAAGAAGAAAUGAAAGCAAAGGAAAUAUACUUAAAUCUGAAAGCUGGGUUGGAGAAGCACCAUGAUUCUCUCAUUAAGACUGCAGAGAGUUAUGCAGCCUCAAGAGAAGAUAAAAUUGCUGAGUUGAAGAAGUGGCUACUGAGAGUUCAGACUCCUGGAAGUAGCUCUUAGACCAUCUUCAUUUGUGUUCUACUUUCAUUAUGUUUAUGCUCAUAUCUGAACUGAGAAGAGCUUGUGCUUUGUAUGAGCUGGAUAAUCAUUCCAGGAAAAAAACUUUGUCAGAAUGUGUCAGAAAACAUUUAACUUUCUAGACAGAUCCUGCUGUAAGCUCACUAAUGUGGGUAAGGGAACACUUGGCUUAGCCUGUUUGUAUUGUUGCUGUCAGUUUCUGAAUUUAGGGGUAAUAAUGCAAGUCUUGCUGAUAGCAAAUUGCUUGCCAUUUAGGCAGAAUCUUGCUUUUUCUUUUUUUUUUUGGUAGAAACUGUUCUGCAAACUUUGAUCUAGGAAGACCUGAUGCUUUGGUCUGGCCUGAAUGGACAUGCUGUUCAAGAUGAGUCAGGUGACAUUCCAGUACCAAUAUUCAAUUGAUAUUAAAUCCAGAUGGAGCAGUAGCAUCCAUGUAAGUGCACUCUCAGUGUGAAUAUUGGUGAGUGUAAACACUCAUGAGUAUCAUUUCAGUUAAAAGUACAGUAUCUCUAGGUUCUUGAAGUCACUGCUUCUGCUCUGUGGGGUAUUGAACUCUUCUGUGUUUUAUUAGGAACUCUGUGUGUGAGUGCUUAGCCCUAUUAAAAAGAAAUACAUAGAUGAGUAUUUUGUACCUUAACUUGUGAUGAUACUCAGUUUGCCACAGUGGUUAUAAUUAUUUCAAAAAAUAAAAUGUUAAUUUUAAAAGAUGGUUACUAUAAAGAUAUUGAGCUGUAUUUC